AUGGCGGAGGUCGACCAGCUCCCCCCGCUGGCGGAGGGAGAUGCUGAUGCUGAUGCUGCGGACACGCGGAGGAGCCUGAAGAAGGGGAAGAAGUGCAAGAAGGGGAAAAUGGGCAAGAAAUGCAAGAAGGGGAAAAUGGGCAAGAAAUGCAAGAAGGGGAAGAAGGGGAAAAAGAAUGCAAGCAAGGCAGCAGCACCUGGUGGGACGGCACCUGGUGCUGAGACCCCUGCCGACGCUGGUGCUGAUUCAGUUGGCUCUGAUGGCGCGCCUGGUCGCAGCAUGGCGGAGGUCGACCAGUUUCCCCCGCUGGCGGAGGGAGAUGCUGAUGCUGAUGCUGCGGACACGCGGAGGAGCCUGAAGAAGGGGAAGAAGUGCAAGAAGGGGAAAAAGGGCAAGAAAUGCAAGAAAGGGAAGAAGGGGAAAAAGAAUGCAAGCAAGGGAGCAGCACCUGGUGGGACGGCACCUGGUGCUGAGACCCCUGCCGACGCUGGUGCUGAUUCAGUUGGCUCUGAUGGAGGGGCGAGAGUGAGAGGGCGGGCGAGGCGUUGGCGGCCUUCCUCUUGCGCCAUGGCAGGGGACGCGGCGGCAUUCGCGCCGUUCACCUCGGAGGCCGAGAGGAGGGUCCACUUCAUGCGCCUCGCCAUCGCGCAGGUGCAUGACUCACGCUACCCCUCUUACUGCUAUCAUCACUCUGCUAUCAUCACUUCCACUCGCGCCACUACUCCCUGCACUGCCAACACUCCUGUUGCGUGCUGGUUUUGCUCCAUUCCUAUGCCACCUUUCAGUCCUAUCAGCACUUCCGUUUCCUCCCGCUUCUCCCCCCAUACCCUCCCCUCCUCCUACCCUCCGCGCCUACUCUCCUCCCCUCUUCCCUUCCCCUUCCCCCCGCUCACCAGCAGUACAGGAGCGCAGGGAGCAGAGCUACUGCAGUGCGAGGGGGGCAUACUGGCCAGCGAGGCUAUAGACCUCUUCCGGCGAUUCUACAAGCGAGGUAACCCCAACGGUCUAUCACCACUCUGGCCCUGCUCCUCACCCACCACCCGCUGCUGCUUCCCCACCCACUGA